CAUCAAGGCGAGCGACCGGUCACGUGCCGGUCAUUAACUUUGUUGUACUUUAAAGCUCUUGACGUGUAUAAAUACACACCGCGAUGCGCUUCUGACGCAAACUCAGUGCGAUCUUUUGUGCAACUGGCGCAAUGCAAAGAAGAGCGGAAGUCCACAGCUGGGACUGCUUCGACAUGUGGCGAGACUACAUGAACCUGAACAGGCUGGUGGAGCAGAUCUGUGGCCGGCAGGAGGAGGAGGAGGAGCAGGAGGAGGAGAUGAAGCCGGGAGCGCAGAGGAGCCCCAUCUGGACCUCAUCCAAGCCUCGGAGAGACUCGGAGAACUCCACGGGGAGCAGCUCGAGCAGCAGCAGCGGGACUCCUGCAGACUACUGCUGCUUCUGCAGACAGAACGGAGAGACCCCCCGGGUCUUCAGGUCCCACUCGCUCAGAGGCAAGAACGGGAUGGUCCUGUGCCCGGUCCUCCGGAAGUACACCUGUCCCAUCUGCGAGGCCACCGGGGACCAGGCUCACACCCGCAGGUACUGUCCCCAAGCCAAGCGGCCGGAGGCCGAGAGGAAGCGACCGGUCCUCAAGUUCUGGUAACAGAGGCCGGACUCAGGAACAUAACUGUUACAGUUCAAAGACAAAACAACAGAAGACAGAUAGUUUUCCUGCAGAUGUUGGGAUGUUCCUGCAGAAGGGAAAAAGCAGUUCACAUCUGCUUCCUGUUGGACUUGAUGCGUUUCUGAUCUGCUGUCUUAUUUCAAAACUUAUAGUUGUGUGUAAAAAAGAAAACAUGAUUUAAAAAGAGUCCAUUUGUGACAAGUGUUUUAUUUUUUUUCAUAAUGAGUUCAGAAACAUGAAGAAUUGCAGCUUGUUCUGUUAAUAAACAGUUUGAA